AUGACGUUCAUUCCCCCUCAAGAAGAUAUUGUCCCUAGCCAGCUAGGCCCAGAGUACCAGGGUUUCGACCAUAUUCUUUGGUAUGUUGGCAACGCCAAACAGGCCGCGUCUUAUUAUAUCACUCGUUGGGGCUUCAGAUCAAUUGCCUACAAGGGGCCAGAAAACGGCUCAAAUCACAUUGCUGGCCAUGUCAUUAAGAACGGAGACGUGAUCUUUGUCUUCAUUUCACCAAUUAUUUCCUUUCCUUGCGACAAGCUGGAUCACAAAACAACCUCGGAAGAAAAACAGCAAAUACAGGAAAUACAGAAUCACCUUUUGAAGCAUGGGGAUGGAGUCAAGGAUAUUGCAUUCCGAGUCAACUCAGAUGUCAAGCCUAUCUUUGACAAGGCAGUUGCUGCAGGUGGUCAGGCUGUGCGUCAGCCAGCUAUUAUCAAGGAUGAAGAGAAUGGUGUGAUCCAAACCUGUACAAUUGGAUCAUAUGGAGAUACAACCCACACCCUCAUUAAUCGCCAUGAUUACAAGGGUUGCUUCAUGCCUGGAUUCCACCCAGCCGACGAGAAUGAUCCAAUUGAACGAUACCUUCCACAGGUUGACUUCGUAAAUAUUGAUCACUGUGUUGGAAACCAGCCCUGGGAUGGACUUGAUCCUACUGUUAGCUUCUAUGAAAAAUGCCUUGAUUUUCACCGCUACUGGAGUGUGGAUGACAAAACCAUGUGUUCUGAGUACUCUGCCAUGCGCUCAGUCGUAAUAGCUUCGCCAAACGAAGUCAUAAAAAUGCCUCUUAACGAGCCUGCUGAAGGCUUGAAAAAGUCUCAGAUUGAAGAGUUUGUUGACUAUUAUAACGGAGCUGGUGUGCAGCAUAUCGCAUUUCUAACAAACGAUAUCCUCAAGGCAAUCGCGACUCUUCGCGAGAGGGGAGUCAAGUUCAUCUCCGUCCCCAACGGAUACUACGAUACCAUGCGCGACCGUCUAGCACAGGCUGGGAUAUCGCUUAACGAAGAUAUCGAAGCCCUAAGAGAACAGAAUAUCCUAAUCGAUUUUGACGAUCGCGGGUAUCUCCUUCAAAUAUUCGCCAAACAUGUUGCCGACAGACCCACAGUCUUUAUCGAAGUCAUCCAACGAAACAAUUUUGACGGAUUCGGAGCUGGUAAUUUCAAGGCUCUCUUUGAGGCUUUCGAGCGGGAACAAGCUUUACGAGGCAACCUUUGA